CUUGCUGUGUGGAAAACCCACACAUCUGGUGUCAGAAGUUCAAAGGGAAUACCCAGUUGCUUUCCCCUUCCUGCCCCGUCCCCCCCCCAGCUAGGGUCCGAUGGAAUAGGAGGGGCUGAAGUGGUCACUGCGCCAGUGUUUCUGUUUGCCCGCGUUGCGGUGGGUGAAAAAGAACAGCCCCAGGUCUCUCUGCACCUGAGCUACUUCCUUGUUUUGUUUUCUCGGGUGCCUGGGCUCACCAGACAGGCAUGAAAACAAAUACGCUGUGGUGUGCCGGCUCAGGGAGACCUGCAGGCCCGAUGCCAGGAGUGAAAGAAAGGUCAGAGGCUUCUGGGAAGAUGAUGUACUGAUGGACCCCCAUGCUUCUCCGUGGGCGUUAUCUCUGUGCCCUUACAGGACUGACUCCUGGGUGGGAAUCGAAUGGCCUCCAGACUCCUUCCUUCAGAAGAUGAGUUAGAAGCCGUAGUAAACACAGGUGUGAAGGAAACAUUCGCCAUGGAAGCCAAGGAGCUGGAGAGCCAGGCGACUGCCUAUCAUUUCAUUCCUGAGGCCGGCCAGCCCAGGAAGGAGGACGACAGCAUGCCACCUCAAGGGACCACAGAAACCAUGCAGCUGAAGAAGGAGAUCUCUCUGCUGAAUGGCGUCAGCCUGGUGGUGGGCAACAUGAUCGGCUCAGGGAUCUUUGUCUCACCCAAGGGUGUUCUGGCGUACACGACUUCCUAUGGGUUGUCUCUGGUCAUAUGGGCCAUUGGUGGGCUUUUCUCCGUUGUGGGUGCCCUUUGCUAUGCAGAACUGGGGACCACCAUCACCAAGUCUGGGGCCAGCUAUGCUUAUAUUCUAGAGGCCUUUGGGGGUUUCAUUGCCUUCAUUCGCCUGUGGGCCUCCCUGCUCAUCGUCGAACCCACCAGUCAGGCCAUCAUUGCCAUCACCUUCGCCAACUACAUCAUCCAGCCCUCCUUUCCGACCUGCGACCCGCCGUACCUGGCCUGCCGGCUCCUCGCUGCUGCUUGCAUAUGUCUGCUGACGUUUGUGAACUGUGCCUAUGUCAAGUGGGGUACACGUGUACAGGAUACGUUCACUUAUGCUAAGGUCCUAGCGCUCAUUGCCAUCAUCAUCAUGGGCCUGGUUAAACUGUGCCAGGGACACUCUGAGCACUUUCAGGACGCCUUUGAGGGUUCCUCCUGGGACAUGGGAAAACUCUCUCUCGCCCUCUACUCUGCCCUCUUCUCUUACUCAGGUUGGGAUACCCUUAAUUUUGUAACAGAAGAAAUCAAAAACCCAGAAAGAAAUUUGCCCCUGGCCAUUGGGAUUUCUCUGCCAAUUGUGACGCUCAUCUACAUUCUGACCAACGUGGCCUAUUACACAGUGCUGAACAUUUCAGAUGUCCUUGGCAGCGAUGCCGUGGCUGUGACAUUUGCUGACCAGACCUUUGGCGUUUUCAGCUGGACUAUUCCCAUCGCUGUUGCCCUGUCCUGCUUUGGGGGCCUCAAUGCGUCUAUCUUUGCUUCAUCAAGGUUGUUCUUCGUGGGCUCCCGUGAGGGCCAUCUCCCAGACCUUCUAUCCAUGAUCCACGUUGAGCGUUUUACGCCUAUCCCUGCUUUAUUGUUCAACUGCACCAUGGCACUCAUCUACCUCUCUGUGGAGGAUGUCUUCCUGCUCAUCAACUACUUCAGCUUCAGCUACUGGUUCUUUGUGGGCCUGUCUGUGGUUGGACAGCUCUACCUUCGCUGGAAGGAGCCCAACCGGCCCCGGCCUCUCAAGCUCAGCCUGGUUUUUCCCAUCGUGUUUUGCAUAUGCUCCUUGUUUUUGGUCAUUGUGCCCCUUUUUGGUGACACCAUCAAUUCCCUCAUUGGCAUUGGGAUCGCCCUCUCCGGAGUCCCCAUCUACUUCCUGGGUGUUUACUUGCCAGAGUCCCAGAGGCCACUCUUCAUUCGGAAUAUCAUAGCUGCUGUCACCAGAGUCACCCAGCACAUUUGCUUUUGUGUCCUGACUGAGCUAGAUGUGGCUGAAGAGGGAAAGGUUGAGAGGAAAACUGACUAGAGCUUGCGGUAAAGUCCCCUGAGGCCUGGAAGGUUGGCUAACGGUGGCCACAGCCACCAAAGUCCAGAUGACACAACUGUGUGGGCCCAACUCUCUUGUAUUAAAGGAGCCUGUUGGCCCACAUUAUGUAAGGGGGCUUAGGGCUGAUGGCCUCCUCAGGUGGUCGCUCUUAUUGGUAAGCUAUGGGAAGAGACUCGGAGUCUGGGGCCAGCCUGAAGGUGGGGACUGGGGGUGGGGGGUGGGGGGUGAGGGGGGUGGUGGCGGGGCUCGGGAAUUGGUUGGGUUUUGUUCCAGGAGGGUGGUGCAUCCCUUCUGGACACUUGCUGAGUUGCACUGGGGGAAGAAGAGUGCUAGCUAGGUUAAUAGACGUAGCUGGUGGUUUCUAAAUGUGGUAUCUGAGGUUUGAAUCAGGAGUCUCUACAAAGCGUCUGCUUUUAUGGGAAGUUUUCCUCUGACCAGGUCCAGGCACUGGAGGCCUAAAAAGCUACCAUUUCUUCCUCUAGUUCAAAACCCUUCCCCGGGGAGAUUAUAUUCCCAAGUACCAAAGCCAGGGCCCUCUGUCUUUAAGAGGUGUCUCUAUGUGGUGGUGGGCCAGACUAACCGCAGAUUUUGCUUGGUUUAGCACAAUCUUCUGUGAAGUCUUACUUGCCAAGGCUACCUUUAAAGGUUUUUUACUCAUGUUCCUGUACAUUUUAGUAUAUAGGUGGAUGACAUGUUACAAGCACCUGGCUGAAGUUCAGCAAGGACAGGUGAACCAGUUCGUGAGUCAGAAGUCUGGCAGUACUGCUAUUUUGAAGGAUAAUCCUUUAUUUUACUUGAGACCUUGUCUUUGUUCUAGUUGAUAAAGUAAAUCUCUGGGUUUCUGGUACGAACUUUAAAAGGACAGAGACUUCUAGAGUUCAGGUGAAUCACCUGGAUUCUUUCAGCUGUUAAUGUCUCAUGGACCCAAGCCACCAACUAGCUUGUUCCCCUCUGUAAAGGUCAGUGUGAGGGGCUGCUGUGCAGACCCACACAGGCACACCGCGGUGCUAGAGGUGGUCUUUUUUUCCCAGAAAACCUCACACCAGGCUGCAUCCUCCUCUUCUGUUCCCAACACCAGGCUUUGUUUACACUGAGCCGCCUUGGUGUGGAUCAUCAGGAUAGCGCACUCCUCUCCCGCCUGCCUCCUGGCGCGAGGUCUGGUGGGACUUGUCUCAGGAAGACCUUGGUACUUGUGGAGACUUCUGUAUUUUUCCCCCUUGAUCAGUGAAGACUGGGGGGAAAGCUGCUUCAACCUCAGUCUGGCUUCUCAGCAGACUGCGUGACUGGAAACAACAGAUUCUGGUGCUCAGGCUGCUCUCUGGCAUCCAGAUCAAGCCAGAGCAGUAGGUUUGCUCUAAUGGAUGCUCCUUCUAGCAGCAUGGCCUCACUGGAUUGUACAGUUUCUCUGGGAUGUCCUCCAACUGUCAUCAUGGGACCAGAAGAACCUGCUGGCUGGCAUGCCCUGUGGGCUUUUCUUGUCCUUAGGGUUUGGGAUUGACCAAUGGUAAAGACAAGAACUACAAGGAAAUCUUCCUUUCUGACCAGCUUUCUCCACCAAACUGGCCCAUCUCAGACAAGGGGGUAGAGCACAUUUGCUCAGUAAAGACAACAUAGGGGAUCGAGCUCACAGUGGCUUUUGCUUUAGGGCAGGCAUUUGUGAGAAUGUGGGGGGGACAUUCCUACUAUCCUGGGUUGGGGGUGUGCACAGCAGAUUCCUGACCGACAACAGGGAGUCUGGUGCAGAGGGUAAUAACUUGUGUUGACUAUGUAAACAUGACUCCUGACUGAGUGAGGCUGGCAUCUGUCCCAAGGAUCCUCCAGAGCUAAUCCUUUAAGCGCAGUACGCUUGUCUUGAGGAUCCCUGAGCCAGGCUUUAGCUUUCUCAAGUACAUGACCAGCUAAUUCCAGGAACUUGCUGCUCCCUAGUGGCUCCCAGGGGAAAUAAGGGCCUCACACCCGAGGUGCCCUAAUACUUGCUUAGUGAGCCAUGUCACCCUCCUCUCCUUACUGGGUGGUAACUGCAUUCUUCCCUUCUCUGCUGGAUACAGACUCUUCCUAGGAACCACCCUGUGGGAGGGACGCCAGAGACUUUCUCCACUCAGGCUUCACGGUGGAACUGACUUCCAUGAGGUUUUUGUUCACCAACCUCAGUUCUCCUGGUGUGCUAAUCCCUUUUGCAGUGGGUACAGUUUGUGACAUUGUUGGCUGUUUAAUGUUGGCAAACCUCAAUGAGUACAUAAAUAGCAGUGAGCACAUUACAAUGGUA